AUGAUCGCUAAGGCACUUCUCCUUUGCGCUGCUGUCGCAGCCGUUCAGGCUUCAGUCAUCCUUAAUACACAUCUUAUCAAUACUGGAGUCAGUACCAGUUCUAGGCAUCAAGAUACAUACGGAAACUACGUUUUCGGUUAUGACAUCAAGGACGGACUCGGUGUCUCCAACUCUCGAUCCGAAGUAGGAGAUGCCCACGGAAACAAGAAGGGAUCCUACACCAUUGCCGACAUUGACGGACGAGCCCGACGAGUUGAUUAUGUUGCUGACGGACACGGAUUCCGAGCUGUCGUCAAGACCAACGAGCCUGGAACAGCUGCCAGCGCCUCGGCAGCCUCCCUAAUCGAUAGUCCUUAUGCCGCACCCGUGGUUAAUCACAUAGCACCAACUUCACCUUCUCUCAUCGGACAUAUUACUGCUCCAUUGGAUGCUGUUGCCCCUGCCGCCAUCGGACAUGUUAUCGCUCCAUUGGCUAUUUCUGCUCCUCUAGCUUACGGUGAUGUCCUCAGUCAUGAAACUGGUCUGGGAUAUGGAGCUAUUAUUGAAAAUAAUUUGGGUCUUGGAAUCGAGAAAGCAGUGAUUUAUUAA